GUGGUGAAAGUGGAAAUUAGCGGCAUAGUCAAAAGAAAAUGGAUGCCACUAGGUCAUGGAACUCUCUCUGAUCUGUGUAGUUUGUACUUAAGAUAAGCAAUUGUACGAUGGCUAGCGAUGAAAGAGUGAUCGCCCUGGUCGACAUGGACUGCUUUUAUGUGCAGGUUGAACAGCGGCGAUGCCCCGAGUUGAAGGGCAAACCUUGUGCAGUUGUCCAGUAUAACGCGUGGAAGGGUGGAGGGAUAAUUGCUGUUAGCUACGAGGCUCGUGCUUGUGGGGUGACUAGAAACAUGCGGGGUGAUGAGGCCAAACAAAAGUGUCCGGACAUUGCUCUUGUGCAGGUCCCUGUGCUGCGAGGAAAGGCAAACCUAGCUCACUACCGGGAUGCUGGUGCUGAAGUGCUGGAAGUCCUGACCACAUACUGUGAUAAUUGUGAGAGGGCAAGUGUUGACGAAGCUUACCUAGACCUCACAAAUUCUGCUCAAAAAAAACUUAGUGUUAUGACAGUUCCAGAAAUAGCUGAGGAGGUUUGGAGAACAACGGCAAUAGAGGGCCUCUCUUCAAAGGGUUCUGAUACAACAAUCAGUGAUGAGCUACAAAAAGAAUGGUUGAGUCAGCUGGAAGCCAGCCCUUACCUUAGAAACUUAGCAGCUGGUGCUGUAAUAGCCGCUGAAAUGAGGCAUGCAGUCUUGGAAAAAACAGGUUUUACCUGUUCUGCAGGUGUAGCAACAAAUAAGGUUCUAGCAAAGCUAUGCUGUGGUCUCAACAAGCCUGAUAAACAAACUCUACUUCCUCAUUCUGCAGUUACUAAUUUGUUCAAGACUAUGCCCUUACGGAAAGUGAGACAUUUGGGGGGUAAACUUGGCAGCCAGCUGCAUUCAGAGCUGAAUGUGGAAUUCAUGGGUGAUUUAUUGCAAUUCAAGAUAAAUGACCUCAAAGCACAGUUUGGCAGUAAGAACGGCGAGCUGCUUUAUAAUUUGUGUAGAGGAAUUGAUAAUGAGCCUGUACGAGCCCGUCAACUUCCCAAGUCAGUCAGUUGUGGCAAGAAUUUUCCAGGAAAAACAAAGCUAUCGACAUGCCAACAGGUUAAGUUCUGGAUGGAACAGCUAGUUGAAGAACUUCAUGAACGGCUCAUCAGAGAAGUAGAAGUGAAUGAUCGUCAAGGGACCCUUUUGACCGUUGGUCUACGGACAGAAGAUGCUCCUGCGCGUUCCCGACAGUGUCCACUACAGAGCCCUGACAAGAGUUGGCUGAACAAGCGGAUCUAUGAGGUCUUACUCUCGUUUAAGACAAACAAGGAGGACAGUGAUAAGUGGGAACCAGCUAUUACAAACCUCUACCUGGGAGGCAGCAAGUUUGUCGAGGCGCCGAGUGCGUCUUCUACCCCCGCCAUUCGCACCUUCUUCUCGCCGGCGGUAAGCGCCAAAGAGACUUUUGAGUCUGACAACUCAGGGCAAUAUCCUGGAAACAUCGAGCCUCGUCAGAGCCUUGUUAACUCGGAGAUUACAGCUAGUGAGGCGGCCCAGAGCGAAUGUAAGGUCUCGCCUGUUCGAGGUUCUAUGGACGCUUUUGUCACCAAAAUGUCUGGCCCUUCAGACCCUUGCAAGAAUACAAAUGAUUCUAGUCGGCUGGAUUGUGAACCAAUGCCCGCUACUAAAUCUUCCCUCAGUCCGCUUAAAUCUAGAACUGGAAUUUGGCGAUACAUGAGAUUGCCGAAUUUGGAAAACGAACAAAAUCAGGGUGACAAAUAUAGGGCAAGCGAAGAGGUAAGGACCAUCGCGCAAUCCAAGCCAUUGUGCGAUUCCGGGAAAUAUAAUUGUUCUGAUUCCGAGACAUUGAAAACCUCGGAAAAUUCGGACCGAGGUGAAGUUGGCACAUUUUCUGGCAGUGUUGCUACGGCUUUUCAACACAGCGACUCUGACUAUAUGCAGUGUGAUACAUGCAAGGAAAUGGUGUCCGCGUGGGACUUGCCCGAGCACCUAGACUUCCACUUCGCGGAACAGCUACAACGCGGAGAUAAUAUUUCCCAGCAUGCAUCUCCGCCGAGGAAGAAACAGAAAACAGCGGCAUUAAACAUUAAAACAUUUUUCGAUUCCUGAUGGCAUCGAAUACGAGUAUUAUUAUGUACUGAUUUUUUGUAUGAAUAAUUAAAAAUAAUUUAAAAUUC